AACCCUAACAAACCGCUAUUAGUCUUCACUCUUUCUUUCUCCAUUUUAUCUCAUUUCUUGCUUUUCGUUGCUGCUGAAAUCCAGAGUUCAUCGUCAUUUCCACGUCCGAUCGAUCGAUCGAACGAUCAAUCUUCCUUCACCAGAAGUUUCAAGGUGAGAUCUACGAGCUUCGCUUUCUCCAAUGGAGACAAGUCUGAAAGCCCUGAUUUAUCAGUUUUGGGAGAAGAAGGCUCUGUCUGUAUGACCUUGCAAUUGCCAAGGGUGGUUCUGAUGAAGCUGAAAGGGAGGCUGAUAAUGUUGCAGCAGAUAUUGAAAACAUCGCAAGAGCUAUCAAAGCCAAACCGCUAGAUUACUUGGCGGAAGGGACAUAUACCCUAGGACAAGUCGGUGUGCUCAAUGCUCUAGGAGUAGUCAUAUACAACGAGGAUGAUCGUGCAAGGACUGCAUUCCAUUUGGGUAUUGUUUCAGAUUGUCUUAAAUGAGACCAAAACAGGGUUGACACAUGCUUUACAGAAAUAGAUAAGGUUCUUGGAGACCUCCGGUCUGAUACAACAUAUUCGAAUUUGAUUUCACAUAUUGGAAGGUAUAUAUAAUAUAAUCUCCCUUGCUAUGUGUUUGGUCAUGUAAUCCCAACAUUUAUAGUGAAUUGUUUGCAUCUUGUAUUACUUUAGGUGGAUUUCCACCAUCCACGAGCUCGCGGAUGCAUUGGAGAAGAAAUAUCACCGGGAGAGUGAGAUAAGGCGGCUAGAGGUGAAGCUUGAAAUAUAUAAGAGGAGGAAAGAGGCCAAG